UUGAAGGUCCUGCCGCGGUGCUCCGAAUACAAACGGUCGGCGCGAGAAGCGCGCCCCGGGAGCGGCGUCGCGCCGCAAGGACUCGGUGCUGGAGGCUGGGCUCCCGGGGUUCUCGGGUUGCAUAUGCUACCACCUCCUUUGCCCUUCGGAGCCCUUUCUUUGCUGGGCCGUUCUGGGUGAGCGCGGAGGAGCCGGCGGGGCUGCUCCCGGGAUUUGGCGGGGGUCGCCUCUCUUCCCUGCCCUAACCGAAGCCCUGGGAAACAGAUCCCAGCUGUACUUUUAUCAUACUCUUCUUCAGAAUAUUUAUUCUACUGGUACAGAAGAGGAUGUGUUCCAGGGACAUACUUUGUUGUCAGAAACUCCAUUAGCAGAGUGACUUCAUUUGAGAGGAGCAGCAUUCCCAGAGGAUUCAGUACUCAAGGUGAAAAAUUAGAUAAUUUUCAAAGCUGGAGUCGAAUCAAACGUUAAAUAAUGGCAACAGGUGAUUUAAAAAGAAGCUUACGGAACUUAGAACAAGUGCUUCGCUCGCUAAAUUAUCCUAGAGAGGUGGAUUGUGUAGGUUUGGUAAAAGGAGAUACAGCAGCCUCUCUGCCCAUCAUCAGCUAUUCCCUUACCUCAUACUCACCCUAUGUAGCAGAACUUCUGGUCGACUCCAAUGUUGAGCUCCUAGCAAAGAAUGACUUACGCUUCAUAGAUACUGUCUAUAAGCUUCUUCGUGAUCAGUUUAAUUAUAAACCAAUCUUGACAAAAAAGCAGUUUAUCCAGUGUGGAUUUGCAGAAUGGAAAAUCCAAAUUAUAUGUGAUAUUUUGAAUUGUGUGAUGAAAAAGCACAAGGAGUUGAGUAGUCUUGAGAAGACUCCAUCACAACAAAGAAAAAAGACCAGUUCUGCCAAGUCAGAACCUUGUUCAAGUGCUGAGAAGACAUCUUCUGAACCUGUGGGCAUUGAUGUCACUGGCAGAUAUGUGACUUCAGGAAAGAAGAAAGCUGUGGUGAUCCGACAUCUGUACAAUGAAGAUGAUGCUAACAUUCCUGAAGAUACAGUAACAGAUGUUAACGAAGCAUUUGAUGUUUGUGACUUAAAGGCUGCUGAAAUAACAAUUCCUGAAUUACAGGUUCCUGACAUUAACUGUGAACAACAAGAUAUAAAAGUCAAUCCUGAGGUUGCUGCAUUACAGUCUAUGCUUGCUGAAUGCCAAGAAAAGCUUAAGAAACUGACUUGCAUAGAGAGUAGAUUAGAAUCUUUGGAAGAAAAAAUGAAAGGGAAAGUGAUGGUGAAUGAAAAAACCUGGGCUAAUCUUCUGAGUCGUGUCACUCUUCUUGAAACAGAAAUGCUUUUAUCUAAAAAGAAUAAUGAAUAUAUAGAGUUUAAUGAGAUGAGUGAAGACUAUGCUUCCAGUAGUGACAUGGACAGUCUCAAUCCAGAUAGAAAAAGCAAAGAGGAAAGGCAUGCAAAUAUUCCUUUAUCCUUUGGUUAUAGUACGGUGUCAUCAAAUUCAACUCCCAGAACCUCAACUGUUAAUUACUGUGGUUUGAAAGAGAUCUCAGAGGAAACAACAAUGCAGAAAAUGGAAAGGAUGAAAAAAAUGUUUGAAGAAACUGCAGAGUUACUGAAAUGUCCAAAUCACUAAUUAUAGAAUUGUCUGCAUGAACUUCUCUAGGACUUUGGCUACUGUACAUGUUGUAUAUUUUAAAGAGUUCUCUAUGCAAUUUCAAUACACUGGAAUGUUCUUAUUAGAAUUUGAAUUCCAUUUGGUAUAUUUGCUUUUUGGUUCCAUAUUGAAUAAAUACUUAAAUAUUUUUGCGCUUUGAUUAUACUGCUUUACUGUUUUGCUAUUAGGACAGCUAAGGUGCCAGUACACUUCUUUUAGAGCGUGAAGUCAUUCCAGCACUAUGUUUUUGUGUCGAUAUUUGUUGGCAGUGUGCUAAAUAAUAUGUUUUUUAAAGUACAGGCUUGAGGACCAUGGUUUACAUCCUGUUGGAAACGCUCCACCUGGGACUUGCAUGUUGUCCCUAGGAGGCUCUCAUACCUACCAUCUUGCCAUCUGUACUAACGAAUAUGUUGUAAUGAAAAUUUGAAAAUACUCAUUGAAGUUUAAAUAAAUGUACAACUGUUUCAUGCGCAGUCAAAAGGCAGCAGCACAUUUUCGAUUAAUGUUGAGGAAGUCACGGCAUGAUUCUCCUUUUGUGUUUGGCAGCAAGUUGGACAGUUGUGAAAAAUGUGUUGAGUGUUUUAGUACUCUAUUCUGUAACACAUUUUAAGACCAGCAGCUCAGACACAGAUGGUGGCCGUUCAGUAUUACAAGAUACACAAUGAGUAUUUUUGUUUGUUUGUUUUUUUAAAUGAUGGGAAGUUAUAUUCUUUUUGAGAGAGAAAAUGAUCUUAGAUGAACUUAAAGAAAAGUGGAAUUCAUUUUAAAUAACUAGAUGAAUUGUUUUAUUUACUCAUAUGUUUAUAUAAUGUAAUUUGAUAUUUGCCACAUGUGAAACAUUAAUAGUAAGUUAAAAUUCUAAGUAUAAGUAACCUAAAAAAUACUUUUAUUAUUCUAAUACAGGGACAUGUGGCGUCAUCAUACUUUAAAAUUAUGAACUUUUGAAGUUAGCAUACAACUUUGAGUUUAGUAGUUUCAGUAAAUAUUUCUAGAAUUAAUGAAUUCAUUCAGCUUUAUUUCUUUCAUUUGCAAAAAGUUAUAAACCAAGAGAUUAUGAAAAACCACUUUAUCAAUGAAACUUCUAAAAAUUUAGUAUCCGUAGGCAUGGAAUUGUAGCACCACCUUGUGGUUUAUAUGCUGGUAUUUUAUCUUUUAUUAAGAUGUGUGGUUUCCUGUAAAAUGUAGGAUCUUAUUUUCCCUUUGAAAAAUCAGAUUCAAGUUUUAAAAAGAAA